GGUGUAUAAAACUUGCAAAACUACCGAGACAAACUAGUACAGCUGGUAGUACCGUACAGCAAUAUUAAUAUCUCUGCGGCACAAUGCAAAGUCCACCCAAGCCUCAGUUUGCCAGUUGGCUCAUCGAGCAAGUGGAGACGGGCCAGUACAUGGGGCUGUGCUACGUGGAUCAAAACAAAUUCAGAGUGCCGUGGAAGCACAACUCCAGGAAAGACUGCAACGAUGAGGACAGUAAAAUAUUCCGGGCCUGGGCAGUGGCGAGUGGGAAAAUCAACGAGUUCCCCAAUGACAAGGCCAGAUGGAAAACCAACUUCCGCUGUGCUCUUAACAACCUGUCUCAGCGCUUCAAGAUGAUCACAGAUAAUUCCAAGAAUCAAGACGACCCUCAUAAAAUCUAUGAGAUUAUGAACACUGACAGCAACUAUGAAGGUAUGCCAAUGCAAGAAUCCCAGGAGGAAUCUGACAUGACUCCAGAUAUAUUCAGCCCAAUCACGGAGUAUUUUCCCACAGGAAAUGAGCACAAUCUGCAUCAGGACUUCAUGGCCCUGGAUCUUGGCAACCAAUCAGCAGAAGAGCAGUUGUGGACACGGCAUAAUAAUCCUGUUCUCAGUUGUCUUACCUCAACUGAGAACCUUCCGCAAUAUUUACCAGCCGAUCAGACGGCCUACAAUCAAGCAGUAAAUGCUUCUCCGGUGAUCAGUUCACCUCAGCCGUCCAGUCUGUACGACCUGGAGAUCUCCAUCCAUUACAGGAAGAAGGAAAUGCUGAAGACGACGCUACACACUAACCGUCUUCAGCUCCACUACCACAGCGAGGACCCCAAGUUCAACGCCUCUUAUCUCUGCUUUCCUUCCACUGAGAGCCUACUGGACCAUAAACAGAUUGAAUACACCAACCGCAUACUGAGCAGCAUCCAGCGAGGCCUGCUCUUGGAGGUACAUGAGACCGGUAUCUAUGCCAGGAGGCAUGACAACUGCCACGUGUUUGCCAGCACCAGCGACCCCAACGUAGCUCAUCCAAACCCCCAAAAAUUGCCCAAAAACACAGUGGUGGAGCUCCUCAGUUUUGACAAAUAUGUUAAUGAGCUUAAACAUUUCAAGGAGAACAAUGGCCGCUCUCCUGAAUACACCAUCAACAUGUGCUUUGGAGAGAAGUUUCCAGAGGGAAAACCGCUGGAAAAGAAGCUUGUCGUUGUGAAAGUGGUGCCUCUAAUUUGUCGAUAUCUUCAUGACAUGGCCCAGAUGGAGGGGGCUUCAUCUCUUCACAGCGCCAACGUCAGCCUGCAGAUUUCACACAACAGCCUCUUUGACCUCAUCAGCUCUGUGUUUUCUCUACCAGGAGCUGAAGAGCAACUAACCAUUGGUGUGCCUUUCAUCGAUCAGACUGGAAACUUGAUUUCUCACUGAUCUCUAGUCAAAGUGAUAACUGCUGAAUAAGUUAAAGUGCAGUAAGUUAACUAGCUAUUUAUAAUUAAGGCAUGAUUAAACACAGCUCAUCUCCUUUUCAUUUUUUGUUUGCACUAUUGAAACACUGACACUUAAACCACUACAAAAGCAGAAAGUCUCCUUAGCUAGUGAACUGUUACAAAAUAAACCUAUACACAAUUACUGUACAUCUAAGAUUCUCUUUUUACAUAUAUGCUUAUUUAUUUUCCAGUGUCCAAUUUCAGAAAAAUGUUGUAUUGGUUUAUAGAUAAGCUAUAAUCAUGUCUGUUUUAUUACCUCUGUAAUAAAUGUUUGUCUCUUAAGUGCUUGUAAAUAGCAAAUCAUAAGCCUAACUCAAUUCCAAUACAGUUCUACUCCAAAGAGCAUAUAAACUAUGUAAAAUGUAAAUAUAUUAGAUUAUUUUCUAUAUUUAACUGAGAAUAUAUUAAUAGUUUUCAAAUGGUAAAAUAAAAUAAACUGUCAAGAAUCCGUG